GGAUCGGCCUCAGUCGCUGGCGCGAGCUUGAAAAUGUGAAAUCGCGCUCAGGGAUUCGCCGGGUGGAAUUGCCAUAUUGAACGAGAAUUGGCAAAAACAUCCGCCCCAACCAUAUCUGUGAUUAUAUAGUGACCAUCUAACUCAAAAAAAAAAUUAAUUAAAUCUAAAACUGAUAGUCCCUGUAACAAACGAGAAACAAAGAAAACUGCCGUAUAAAUUGCACAAAGCCCAGAUCAGCUAAUCAGUCUGAUUAAGGUAUCAUGAAAUCCACCAUUUCUUUGCUACUGGUCGUCAUCUGUACCGUGGUCCUAGCCGCGCAACAGAGCCAAGCGAAAAAGGGAUGCCAGGCCUACGGACAUGUUUGCUACGGAGGUCAUGGCAAGCGCUCCCUGAGCACCGGAUCCGGGUCCGGAACGGGAGUGGGAAUGGGUGAGACAGCCUCCGGGGGGCAGGAGCAGGACUAUGUGCGUCCAAAUGGCCUGCUGCCCAUGAUGGCGCCGAACGAACAGGUUGCGGUGCCGCCCGAGGGCGACUUUAAUGACUAUCCCGCCCGUCAGGUGCUCUACAAAAUCAUGAGAUCAUGGUUCAAUCGACCACGACGACCGACUGCUCGACUGGGUGAACUGGAUUAUCCCUUGGCCAAUUCCGCCGAAAUUAAUGCACUGAACUAAGACGUGAAAAAA